CUUCUCUUUUCCCCGUUUUUAAACGCUACGGUGUCUGCAUCAUAGCUUAAUACACCAUGGCUACUGCUGCUCCCCAUGCUGCUCCUAGCAGCACCGCCUUCAAGGACAAGGAGAAGCCCAUGGCCGUGCGGGCGUCCAACAUUCUCGCUGCCAGAGCUGUCGCCGACGCGAUCAGAACGUCACUGGGACCCAGGGGAAUGGACAAGAUGAUCCAAACUCCCAAAGGAAACACCAUUAUCACUAACGACGGAAACACAAUGCUGAGAGAUAUGAGCGUUAUGCACCCCGCUGCUCGCAUGCUUGUCGACCUCAGUGCGGCUCAGGAUGUUGAAGCUGGAGAUGGAACGACGUCAGUGGUCGUGAUUGCGGGAAGCUUGCUGGGUGCUGCCGAGCGCCUACUUGGAAAGGGUAUUCACCCAACCGUGAUCUCCGAGUCGUUCCAGAGAGCCGCUGCUGCUGCCGUCGAGAUCCUGCACAACAUGUCCCGGCCGAUCAACCUGAUGGAUCGCUCUACCCUGCUUCAAGCCGCAUCAACCUCGCUUUCCUCCAAGAUCGUGUCGCAACACUCCAGUCUCCUCGGACCGAUGGCGGUCGACUCGGUGUUGAAGGUGGUUGAUCCCAAAACUGCGGAGAACGUGGAUCUCAGGAAUAUCCGCAUUGUGAAGAAGGUUGGCGGAACAAUCGAGGACAGUGAGAUGGUUGACGGUCUGGUCCUCAACCAGGGUGUAAUCAAGAGCAGUGGUGGGCCCACAAGAAUUGAAAAGGCCCGGAUAGGCUUGAUCCAGUUCCAGCUUAGCCCGCCCAAGCCUGAUAUGGAGAACCAGAUUGUUGUGAACGACUACCGCCAGAUGGACAAGAUUCUGAAGGAAGAGCGCCAAUAUUUGCUCAACAUGGUCAAGAAGAUCCAAAAGACGAAGUGCAACGUCCUUCUAAUCCAGAAGUCCAUCCUCCGUGAUGCUGUCAACGAUCUUUCUCUCCACUUCCUUUCCCGACUCAAGAUUCUCGCCAUCAAGGACAUUGAACGUGACGAGGUCGAGUUCCUGUGCAAGAGUUUGGGCUGCAAGCCCGUCGCCAACGUCGAUUCGUUCACGGAGGACAAGCUUGGGACCGCCGAUCUCGUAGAGGAAGUCCAAUCGUCUGGCGCUCGCUACGUCAAGAUUACCGGCAUCAAGGCUCCCGCCACCACGGCCAACCAGACUGUCUCCAUCGUUGCCCGCGGUGCCAACAACCUCAUCCUUGACGAGGCCGAACGCUCGCUUCACGACGCUCUUUGCGUCAUCCGCUGCUUGGUGAAGAAGCGUGCCCUUAUCGCCGGUGGCGGUGCCCCCGAAAUCGAAGUCGCUAACACCCUUGCAAAGCGCGCCCGGGAACUGACUGGCACAGAGUCCAUCUGCUGGAAGGCAUUUGCCGAAGCCAUGGAAGUCAUCCCCACCACUCUCGCUGAGAAUGCCGGUCUCAACUCCAUUAAGGUUGUCACAGACCUACGACACCGCCACGCCCAAGGCCAGCAGAACGCUGGAGUCAGCAUCCGUAGCGGUGGUGUAAAAGACGAUAUCACUGAGGAGAACAUUCUGCAGCCUUUGCUGGUGAGCACCAGUGCCAUCGAACUGGCUGCGGAGACGGUUAAGAUGAUUAUGAGAAUUGAUGACAUCGCCCUUUCAAGGUAG